GGGAGUAAAAAAGUUUUGAUCUACUGUGGCUUUAUUAGACAUAAAACCAAGAAGAUAAAGUUGUAGGGAUGACUCGCCAAGGAGAGGAGAAAUGGAAAGAAAAACGUACACGGCAUUAGGAUUCCUUCUGCUCGGCACCUUCUUGUACUUCAACUGGAUCUCUUCCGGCAGCGACGGAAGGUUUCGAAUCCGUAUUCCGAUCCCAUGGCUGCAGCCAAAGAUGGGCUUCGUUGGGCGGAACGGAACUCAUUUCGUGGAGGUGGAGGACGGAACGCCGGUGUACGUGAACGGGUGGAACUCGUACUGGCUGAUCUCCUCGAAGUUGGAGGAGGUAUCGGAGAUGUUCCGCCGUGGCCGAGCCAUGGGAAUGACUGUCUGUCGCACAUGGGCCUUCAGUGAUGGAGGCGCCAAUGGGCUCCAGAUCUCCCCCGGUCGUUUCAACGAGCGUCUUUUCCAGGCGCUGGAUUUUGUCAUAUAUGAUGCAAGGAGGAGCAAUAUAAGGUUAAUUCUUUGUCUUGUGAAUAAUCUUAAUGCAUUUGGAGGGAAAGCUCAAUACGUAAGAUGGGCACAGGCUGCUGGAGCCAAUGUGACCUCGACAGAUUCAUUCUUCUCAGACCCCACCAUUAAGCACUUCUACAAGGAUUACGUGGAGAAAAUUUUGUCAAGAAAGAACUCAUAUAGCGGAGUGAGAUAUAAAGAUGAACCUGCUAUAUUUGCUUGGGAGCUAAUGAACGAACCUAGAUGCGCAUUGAACUCAUCUGCUCCUCUUCUUCAGGCUUGGAUUGCUGAGAUGGCUUCUCACAUCAAAAGUUUGGAUAAGAAACACAUGGUCACAGUAGGGCUGGAAGGGUUCUAUGGACAUGGGAGAACUGAAAGAGUAGGCGCUAAUCCCGGAGAAUGGGCUUCUUCACUUGGUUCUGAUUUCAUUCAAAACUCUGCUGACGAGAACAUAGAUUUUGCUUCAGUUCAUGCCUAUCCUGAUAGCUGGAUACCAAAAGCAAGCUUUGAAGAAAAGGUGAAGUAUCUCUCCAACUGGGUUGAUUACCAUGUGAAUGAUAGUGAGCAUGUAUUGAAAAAGCCAGUGCUGUUUGGGGAGGUUGGGUUUCACUUAGAAGGAAAGAAAAAUGGAUCUUAUGAUAGAGAUAUCAUCUUGAAGCUGGUUUAUGAUAAGUUAUAUGAGUCUGCAAAGAAAGGUGAAGCUGGAGCUGGAGCAUUGAUAUGGCAAUUGAUGAUUGAAGAAACCCAAGUGUACAAGGAUGAAUUCUCAUUAGUUGCUAGCCGGCAUCCUUCAACCUACAAUCUCAUAUUACAGCAGUCUUGCAGAUUGAGAAAAUUAUUCCGAAGAAAAGGAAAAACAAAAAGCAAUUUUUGGCCUUGUACCGAUCCUUAAUUUUGGAGAGAUUAUUACGUGUGGUGUCUAGACUGUCCGGAGACGAAUUCGGAUGCACCAUGUCACCCGGAUGCACUAGGCCCCGGAUGACAUGGCACGUCCGAAUUUGCCUCCGAAUGAAUCCAGGCGCCACACGUAAUAAUUUUCCCUAAUUUUGACGUAGUAAAUAUUCAUUUUCCAACACAUUUGUUCAAUUCUCUCCGAGUCCUGAUUGUCUUCUGCUUCAUUUUUUUUUUUUUUUUUGAUUUAGCCGAUUGUUGUAAAUGUAAAGAAUGGAUUCAUGUAAUAUUUAUAUGUUGGGAAGUUUACGAUAGCCAUCUAGUUGAUUCUUGAAUUCGCAAUGA